AUGACGCAUAAAUCUGUUAAACAUCUCCUGCAAGCUAUUGAUCAAGGCCAUUUAAAGAAGAUCAUCUAUCUAAUUAAACAUGGAUAUAAUAUUUAUGUUAAAAAUACACUUAAACAAAAUCUUCUCGUAUAUAUUCUUCAACAACAAUCAUAUCAACAAGAUUCUUCAUUAAUAAAAAAACGUUUUCAAAUAUUUGAAUAUUUUAUUUCAAACUAUAAUUUUGAUAUACAUUCAUUUGAUUCCUAUGGUAAAAAUCUAUUUAAUUGGGCAACAAAUCUUAAUUGUACACAAGAAGCAAUUUAUCUACUAAAUUCAUAUCCAGGUGAUAUUGAUAUACUUACAAGAGAUCAAUAUGGUUCAUGUUCAUUACAUUAUGCUGUUGAACAUGGAAAUGAUACUCUUGUACAUGCAAUUGUUAAUUAUCUUUUACGUUAUCGUUUAAGAUUCGAUAUAAAAGAUGCAUAUAAUUAUACUCCAGAAGAUUUAGCAAGAAAAUUUGGUUAUGAUAAAAUAUGUCAUUUUCUUAUUCAAGCAUGUCGAUCCACAAUAUAUAUGUCAAGAGAAAUACCAUUACAACAAUCAUUACCACCGUUACCUAAUAAAACAAAGAUAGUAACAACUUCAUCAUCCGUAUUAUCCGUUUCAUCGGAAUAUUUUAAUGUAUUAGAAACACGAAUUCAUAAUGCAAAAAAUUCAGAUGAUUGGAAAACCGUUGCAGCAUUACGAGCUUUUAAAAGAAAUAUAAAUGACAAAUUUCCAAAUAGAAUACCUGAUAAUAUUCUUCAUAGUGAUAUAAAAAUAUCAUCAAUUCCUUCUCUUCCGCCAAUUCUAUCAAAUAAUAAUACUUCUCAAUCAAAUAGUCCACCGGAACAAAUGUUACGUUUAUUUGAAACUCAAAUGUCACCAUCCUUUCGACAACCAUUCAUACCUAUUUAUCAACAAUCUAUCAUGUCAACUAUUGUUCCACAACGAACACCAAAUGGACAAAAUAAAAAUCCACCUAUAUCAUCUGCUCAGAUGUCGACAAUAUUAAAUCUUCGUAAAAGAGAUUCGGACACUAGUCAAGGUAGUAAUUUAGGAUUACAAGAUAUACAAAAUCAAGUUUCGAUGCCAUCAGCAUACAAACAACGUCGACAAUCAACUGUACCAGCAAAUUAA